AUGCCACCAAAGGUCGUGCCUCGUCUACCACAGCCACCCCAGCUGCUCCAGCUCCCACCGCUUCCACAUCUGCUGCUCUGGCUGCAAAGGACACUAAGUCCAGAACAGCAAAAGAGCCUAUCUGGCCACUUGGCUUCCACCUUGCCAGCUACUCCAGUCAUUGCCGAGUCACCUCCAGUCCCUCCUGAUCCUCCUGCCCCUCCUUACGAACCCUCUCCCACGUCAUCCACUCCCUUACCUCACAUCUCCCUCAUCAAUGCAGUCGCUUUCACUUUUGCCUGCUGCCUCCCAGGGUCAGUCUCGUUCCAACUGGCCCUAUCUGAAGACGGUUCUGUCUUGGCUUGCUCUUUGGCUACCGAUAACCCAGAACCUGUUGACCUCUCAUCCGUCCUGGAAGACUACUAUGACUUCCUGGAUGUGUUCAGCAAAUCCAAGGCUGAUACCCUCACUCCUCAUCGUCCCUACAAUCUCAAGAUUGACCUUGAGGAAGACUACCACGGCCUUAACAAAGUCACCAAGAAGGACCGCUAUCCCCUCCCGCUCAUCUCUGACCUAUUGGAUGCUCCUGGCAAAGCCAAGGUCUUCACCAAAAUUGAUCUUUGGCAUGCCUACCACCUUGUCAGAAUUGCAGAUGCCGCCUUCCAGCGAUUCAUGAACGACAUAUUCUCAGAUCUCAUCAAUGUCUCAGUUAUCGUCUACCUGGACAACAUUCUCAUCUACUCUUUGGAUCUCACCUCACACAAGGAACAUCCUGACAAGUGCGAAUGGCACACUGACCGUGUUGAGUACCUCGGCUACAUUCUUUCAGCUGAUGGUCUCUCCAUGGCAGCUGACAAGGUCAAGAUCAUCCAGGACUGGCCCAAGCUGCAGAAAGUCAAGGACAUUCAGUCCUUCCUUGGCUUUGCCAAUUUUUACAGACGGUUCAUUUACAACUACUCUGACAUCUGCGUUCCCCUCACCUGGCUCACUCGAAAGGGUGUUCCCUUCAAGUUCUCUGAUGAAGCCUGGGAAUUGUUCAACUACCUCAAGAAAGCCUUCACCAUGGCUCCCAUCCUCACCCAAUGGAUCCCAGAUCGGCCCAUCAUUCUCGAAACCGAUGCUUCUGACUACGCUCUCGCUGCCAUCCUCUCUAUUGAGCUGACCAAUGGAGAAAUCCAUCCGGUUGCUUUCCACUCCCAAAUGUUCAAUCCGACCAAACUGAACUAUGACAUCCAUGACAAGGAACUUUUCACCAUCUAUGAAUCGUUCCAGAUCUGGCGACACUACCUGGAAGGCUCCGGCACACCCAUCAACAUUGUAACUGACCACAAAAAACCUUGA